AUGGCAUGGUUCAUGCCUCCCCUACUAUUGAUGCUUCACAUAUCUACAGUCAGGUCAUCAUUCCAGCACACCCUGGUGUUGGAAAUGGCCAAGAUUCUUUUGGAUAACUACUGCUUGCCUGAGAACCUAGCUGGGAUGCAGGAGGCCAUCCAACAAGCCAUCAACAGCAGAGAAAUCAUGCAGAUUUCAGACAAGAAAACUCUGGCAGCUGUCCUCACUAGUGGAGUACAAGGAGCGCUGAAUGAUCCGAGAUUGAUUGUGUCCUAUGAGCCGAAUUUUGUGCCGCCAAUGCUGCCAUCUCUAACCAAAGAGCAGCUUGCACGACUGGUGAGGAACUCUGUCAAGUUGGAUACUCUUGAAAACAACACUGGAUAUUUGCGGAUGGAUUGGAUCAUUGGGAAGGAGGCAGCCACAAAGCUUGGCUCCCGGCUGAGGGACAACAUCUGGGACAAGGUUGCCGGAACAUCCUCAUUAAUCUUUGACUUGAGGUAUAGCACAGCUGGAGAAUUUUCUGGAGUUCCCAUUAUCGUCUCUUAUUUCUCAGACCCCGGGACCCUCAUUCAUAUUGAUACUGUGUAUGACAGACCUUCAAAUGCAUCCAGGGAACUGUGGACCAUGCCAAGAAUGACUGGGAGAAGGUAUGGUAGAAAAAAAGACAUAAUUAUUUUGACCAGCAAGCGAACAGCAGGUGCUGCUGAGGCGGUGGCAUACGGAUUGAAAAACCUAAAGAGGGCUAUUGUUGUUGGAGAAAGGUCUGCUGGUGGAUCAGUAAGAGUCCAAAAGAUAAGGAUUGCCCAGACAGACUUCUACAUAACAGUUCCUGUGGCAAGGUCAAUAAGUCCAAUCACAGGCCAGAGCUGGGAAGUUCGUGGAGUUUCCCCAACCGUCUACACCAACGCCAAGGACGCUGUCGCAAAAGCCAAGUCCCUUUUAGUCGUAAGGAGAGCCAUUCCAAAAGUUGUGAAGAGUAUCUCUGAUAUGAUCGGGAGGUUUUACGCUUUCACAGACAAGGUUCCAGUUCUUCAGCACUGUCUUCAGUCUAUGGACUUGUUUUCUGUGGUAUCCAAAGAAGACCUGGCAACUAGACUCAACGAAAACCUCCAAGCAGUGUCUGAGGACCCAAGACUCAUCAUCAAAUACAAUCAAGAUGACGAUGCAGUGGUAGAGGAAGACCUUGAGCUUUACAAUGAACCCAGUCAUGUUGAGUUAUUGAAUGAACUGGUACACAAAACAUUCAAAGUGGAAAUUCUUGCACAUAAUACUGGCUAUCUCCGCUUUGACAAGUUUUUCAGGUUGUCCUCCUUGGCUGAAAUAGAAGAACUCAUGGCUAAAAAGGUAUGGGAGUCCCUCAAAGACACCAAUAAUCUGAUUAUUGACCUACGCUCUAACACGGGUGGCUCCUCAACCUCUCUGUCCUUAAUUCUGUCCUACUUGCAUGACGCAUCCCAGAAACAUCACUUUUUCACAAUAUAUGACAGAAUUAAGAACAUAUCAACAGAAUAUAACUCUUUCCAUGAAAUAACAGGGACAAGCUAUGGGUCCAGACGGGGGGUUUAUGUUUUGACCAGCUACCACACAGCAGGUGUCGGUGAAGAGUUUGCUUACUUGAUACAGUCCCUUCAUCGAGGCACAGUUAUCGGGGAAAUUACAUCUGGUGACCUCAUGCACUCAAAGACAUUCCAGAUAGAUGGGACGGAUAUUGCCAUCACUAUCCCUGUCAUUAACUUUUUAGACAACAACGGUGAAUGUUGGCUUGGAGGGGGCGUUGUCCCAGAUGCUAUAGUUCUCGCUGAGGAAGCUAUGGACCAAGUCCGUGAGAUUGCAGAUUUUCACCAAGGACUCAGGUCCCUCAUAGAGGGAACUGGAGAACUAUUGAAAAAAUACUAUGCAAGCCAUAAGGCCGCCCUCAAGGUCAGUAAUGAACUGUUGAGCAAAUGGGCUGAGGGAUUAUAUUGGUCGGUCGUUGACUUUGAAUCUUUGGCAUCUCAGCUGACAGCUGACAUCCAAGAAAGUUCAGGAGAUCAUCGCAUUCAUAUCUACCACUGCAUUGUUGAGCCUGAGGCUUCUCAUAAUGUCCCAAAGAUCCCUGCUCCUGAAGAAGUGGGUUACAUGAUUGAUGCUUUGUUUAAAGUUGAGAUCCUACCAGAUAAUGUCGGUUAUUUAAGGUUUGACAUGAUGCCAGAUGUAGAAGUAGUGAAAGCCAUUGGGCCUCAGCUGAUCCAGUUAGUUUGGAGCAAGAUAGCACACACAGGGGCCCUCAUUAUUGACAUGAGGUACAACACCGCUGGAUAUACAUCGGCAAUUCCUCUUUUGUGCACCUAUUUCUUUGAUGCUGAACCUUUACGGCAUAUUUACACAGUCUUUGACCGCACCACAAACACCAUGGCAGAGGUAAUGACAUUGCCACAGGUGAUUGGCCAAAGGUAUCUGACCUCCAAAGAUGUCUACAUCCUCACCAGCCAUAUGACAGGCUCAGCAGCUGAAGUCUUCACACGAGCUAUGAAGGAUCUAAAACGAGCCACAGUCAUUGGGGAGCCUACGAUUGGGGGGUCCCUAUCAAGUGGAACCUACCAGAUUGGGGGUAGCGUCCUAUACGCUUCCAUUCCUAAUCAGGUUGUGUUGAGUGCAAUCACUGGGAAAAUGUGGAGCAUGUCGGGGGUUGAGCCUGAUGUCACUGUCCAAGCCAAUGACGCUCCUCCUGCAGCACAAAAAAUCAUAGCAAGGCUGCUGAGGAGAGAGCCAAGAAAAUAG